ACAAUAAUUAUUUUUGCUAGCGGUGCAUCUAAAGAGACAUGGUAGUUUGGAAAGAUUAUUGAUUCCAGGCUCACUUUGUAGGAAAUUCCAAUGGCGGAGGCUGUGAUAAGCUCAUUAGUCCUAAAGAUAGGUGCUGCUUUAGCUAUAGAAACAACAAAAUCAGCAGCAUCACUAUUUAGAACAGGGAUGUUAGCAAUGAAAGAACUCAUGAAGGAUAUAAGUGACAUUAAGGAUGAGCUUGAGAUCAUGCAAGCCUUCCUACGGAUAGCAGAAAGACUAAAAGAGAAGGAUGAGAGCACAAAAAUCAUUAUAAAACAAACAAGAGACUUGGCUUUCGACAUUGAGGAUAUUAUAGAUGAGUUCACGUAUAAGCUAAGCGAGGAGCAAGGAGGGGUUCUACCCACAGCAAUCAAGAGGUACGGAAAUAUAAAAACCUGGCAUCACCUUAGCCAGAGGCUUAAAGAGAUCAAAAUUAAGUUCCAAAACAUUAUGGAGAGAAGGACACGAUAUGAUAUGAAAGGAAUGGAAAGUGAAGCAAAACCUCGAAUAGUUGUUGGCGGUAGCAAGAGCUGUGCAGAAUUAGCACAUUUUGUCGAGGAAGAUAAUAUCGUUGGUACUGACGAGUAUAGGGACUUGUUGCUUAGAUGGUUGAAAGAUGAGGAUGAGCAACAACGACAGCCCAUGAUAAUCUCAGUGUUCGGGAUGGGCGGUCUAGGGAAGACAACUCUCGUAACUCACGUGUACAAAAUCAUCAAAGCUACCUUUGAUGCUUGUGCUUGGAUUACUGUAUCUCAGAGUUACGAGACUCAUGAUUUGCUUAGACAAAUCUUAAAAGAGUUUUUUAGGGAAGAUCGUGAGAAAAGAGAAGCACCUAACAACAUUGAUACCAUGGAUUAUAGAAGCUUGGUUGAGACUAUCCGCACUUACUUGCAGGAUAAAUUGUAUGUACUCAUUUUGGAUGAUGUUUGGAGUACUGAUGUAAUGGACAAUGUAAAAGAUGCAUUUCUGAAUAGUAAUAGCAAGAGUAGAAUAGUUCUCACAACAAGGAUUCGCGAUGUAGCCCUAUUAGCAAACGAGAACCAUAUGUUUGAACUAAAGCCACUGGAGGCAGAUCAUUCGUGGGAUCUGUUUUGCAAAAAUGCAUUUUGGAAAAGUGCAAACAAGAUUUGCCCGCCACCUUUAGAACAAUGUGCUAAAAAAAUUGUCAAGAAGUGUGAUGGCUUGCCCCUUGCUAUCGUAUCUAUAGCCCGUCUCUUAUCAUUUCGAGAACAAACCGGUUCUGAAUGGGAGAAGGUUUACAAAGAUCUUGCGUGGUAUCUAACCAACAACGCAUCGAAGCUCCAUGAAAAAGUAUAUGACAUUUUGAAACUUAGUUUGGACGAUCUUCCCCAUUACCUUCGAAAUUGCUUCUUAUAUUGUUCUAGCUUUCCGGAAAAUUGUCAAAUUGGAAGUUUCAGGCUCAUACAGCUUUGGGUGGCCGAAGGGUUCAUUGAAGAAAGAGCUGAAAGAACGAUGGAGGAAGUGGCCGAGGACUACCUUAACGAACUUGUUCAUCGCUGCCUACUACAAGUGGUUAAGAGGAAUGAAUUCGGUGGAGUUUGUGCAUGUCGAAUGCAUGACAUCAUUCGAGUCCUCGCUCUCUCGGAGUCAAAGGAGUUAAGUUUCUGCAUGGUCUACGAGCAUUCACAGAAAAAAUUGCAGAGUUCCAAAGCACGCCGCUUGUCAAUCAUAUGCAAUAUAACUAAUUAUCGUCCUGAAGACGAAUCUCAUUUGCGUUCAGUACUUGUUUUCAAAAAUUCCAUGAGCUAUGAUUUACUGAAGUCGGUCUUAAGAUCAUCAAAAUUUUUACGUGUCUUGGAACUACAAGGAGCACCAAUCGAGAAACUACCGAGUGAGAUCUGUAACCUAUUCAACCUGCAUUAUCUUAGUUUGAGAGCUACAAAAAUUAAGGAGCUUCCAAGAUCAAUUGGAAAGCUACGAAAUCUGCAAAUGUUAGAUACAUAUGGAAGUGAAAUAGAAAAGCUGCCAAAAGGAAUAACAGAGCUUCAAAAGUUGAGACAUCUAUAUUUGCCCGACAAUAUGGAUAAGAGCAUCAAGGCACCGGUGGGAAUAAGGCGCUUGAAGGACUUGCAGAGUUUGGCAAAUAUUAGUGCAACUGAGGAGAUUGUGCGGAAUGUAAAAGCUUUGAUAGAGUUGCGGGAAUUUGGGAUAAUAGGCGUAAGAACCCAUCACUGUGCAGACUUGUGGAAUAGUAUCACAAAGAUGAACCAUCUUAGCAAAUUAUGUGUCGAAAGUGAAGAUGGGGAAGAAUUACAGCAGUUGGGCACCCUGCGCCUACCUCCACCAAUUCAAGAAUUAUGGCUGUUGGGUAAAUUAGACAAAACCUCAGUCCCUGAGCUUGCCAUGUCCUUUGGGUCUCUAACAAACCUAACCAGAUUAACACUUUCAAGGGCAAAAUUGGAUGAAGAUACAUUUCCUUACCUGCAAGCACUGCCCGCGUUGAUGCUUCUUGAACUUUAUAAGGCAUAUGAUGGCAUGAUGUUGCACUUCCAAGCAACAUCAUUCCCGAAGCUAAAGGAAUUGGAAAUAGCACAUUCCCCGAAGCUCAGUCAGGUGGAAAUAGAAAGAGGAGCAAUGGCAAGCCUGAAUGAGCUUCGGCUAUACGGUUGCCCAGAGCUAAAGGAGCUGCCCCACGGCAUCGAGUACCUUACCACCCUUAAGAAUUUAUACAUUGAGUAUCCAGCAGAGGAACUUAUUGAGCUGCUUCGACGAGGAGGAGGAGGAGGAGGAGGAGGAGGAGAAGGCGACCACAGCAAUGACUGGCGCACGAGGGUUCGCCACAUCCCAAAUUUUACUAUUCGGUUCUGACGAGAGGGCAAGGUUGUCGAAGAAAGGAUUCAAUAAUUCCAUAUCAUGUAGGUGAGCUUGUGCACUUUUUGCAAGGCACCGACCGAGCUUGAUGCUUUCAUAUUUUCCGCCUCGGAUCUUCUAAACAAUCCGUCCGUGCGUGCUCGAGGAAAUUUGAAAAUGAUGAUCGAUAUAUGCAGAUGUUAUCUUAUAGCAUGUGUAUUUUAUUUUAUUUUAUUCUCAAUGUAUGUGUGUGUAAAAGUGGAUGCAUCAAAUUAGUUGGUGCAUGCUUUCAGCUACUCGUAUUAUGUAUUUGGAGAAUGCUUUGUACCCUUUUAAAACUUUAUUUAUUUAUGUAUUUGGAGAAUGCUUUGUACCCUUAAAACUUUAUUUAUUGGCUAAAAUAAAAAAAAAACCUUCCCUUGUGAA